CCUACCUUAUCAAAACAAAAAGCCGCAGCUAAUCAAAACCAACCACCGCCGGAAAAUGGACAAAUUCGAGCUAAUAUUCAUCCCGUCUCCGGGGCUGAGCCACCUCAUCGCCACCGUGGAAGCCACCAAGCUCCUCCUCGACCGCGACCCCCGCCUCUCCGUCACCGUCCUCACCAUGCAGCUCCCCAACGACACCGCCGUCGACGCCUACACCACCAACUUCUCCGCCUCCCCGCGCCUCACCUUCUCCGCCCUCCCCGCCCUUCCCCCGCACUCCAAAGCCUCCAUUUUUUAUCUCAUCGACAGCCAGAUCACAAACGUCAGAGACGCAAUCGACCAACGCCGCCGCGACCACCGGAUCGCCGGGAUCGUGGUCGACAUGUUCUGCCUCAAAUUCGUCGACGUUGCUCUGGAGUUCUGCUUUCCGGCCUACUGUUUCUUCACCUCCGGCGCCUCCACGUUAGGUCUGUUUCAAUACGUGCUCUCGUUGAAGUUCAACGAGAAAAAGGAGCUGUCGGAGUUUAUAAACUCCGACGAAGAGCUUCCCGUGCCGUGCUUUUCUCUCCCUGUUCCGGCGAAGGUCCUGCCGGCGGCGUUCGUCGCCGGCGGCCCGAUCGCCGACCACUUUCUGAACCUUCUUAGGAGAAUUCCGGAGAUGGACGGAGUUGUGGUGAAUACGUUCCACGAAUUUGAAUCUUAUGCGAUCGAUUCGAUGGCGGGAAAAAACCCUAGAAUUUAUCCGGUGGGGCCGAUUUUGGACUUGACCGGCGUGUCGAAGGAGGAUGAUGUGAAGAGAUGGCUCGACGAUCAGCCGGAAAAGUCGGUGGUCUUUUUGUGCUUUGGCACUAAUGGGAGUUUCAGCGGAGAGCAAGUGAAAGAGAUCGCUCUAGCUCUUGAAAAUAGCGGAUGUCGGUUUUUAUGGUCGUUGAGGAAGCCGAUGUCGGUGGAGGGGAAGAAGAUGGUGGUGGAGUAUGAAGAUUUUGGUGAGGUGUUGCCUGAGGGGUUCUUGGAGAGGACUAAGGGGGUCGGGAGAGUGAUCGGGUGGGUGGGGCAGGUCGGGGUGUUGUCUCAUAGGGCGGUUGGGGGAUUUGUGUCGCACUGUGGAUGGAACUCGACUUUGGAGAGCGUGUGGUUUGGGGUGCCGAUGGCUACUUUCCCGCUCUAUGCAGAGCAACAGCUGAAUGCGUUUUAUCUGGUGAAGGAGUUGGGGAUGGCGGAGAUGAUUAGGUUGGAUUAUAAGACGGAUUUUAGGGGGGAGGAGGAUGAGGUGGAGAUCGUCGGGGCAGGGGAGAUCGAGGGGGCGAUACGAAGAUUGAUGACGGCCGAGGGGGGUGGGGUGAGGGUGAAGGUGGAGGAGAUGGGGAGGAAGGGAAGGGCAGCUUUGGAGAUUGGUGGAUCUUCUUAUAAAGCUCAGGCUAUGUUUAUUGAGGAUGUGAUAAGAAAUGUGGUUUCCGACGUGAUUGAAUUUCUGGAUCAGCAACCGCGAAAAUCAGUAGUGUUCCUCUGCUUCGGGAGCCUGGGGAGUUUCACUGAGGCGCAGAUCAAAGAGCAGGCCGCGGCGCUGGAGUCGACCGGCGGGAGAUUCCUGUGGUCUCUCCGGCGCGGGAAACAGCGCUAUUUCUCCACUCCGGUGGAAUCAAUUCUGCCGGAGGGGUUCUUGGAGAGGACUAAAGGUGUAGGGAAGGUGAUAGUCGGGUGGGCUCCGCAGGCGGCCGUGCUGGCGCAUCCUGCGGUGGGAGGGUUUGUGUCGCACUGUGGAUGGAACUCGAUUCUGGAGAGCAUGUGGUGCGGAGUUCCGAUGGCGGCGUGGCCGCUCUAUGCGGAGCAACAGAUUAAUGCGUUUCAGAUGGUUGCGGAGGUGGGAGUUGCGGUGGAGGUUAAGGUGGAUUAUAGGGAGGAAAGUGGGGUUGUGGUGAGGUCGGAGGAGAUAGCGGCGGCGAUAGAGAGGCUGAUGGAGGGGGAGAAGGGAGUGAGGGAGAGGGCGGAGGAGAUGAGAGAGAAGAGCUCCGGCGCCGUCGUGGAUGGUGGUUCUUUAAGGAAGUUUUUGGCUAGGUUGGUUCGUGACAUUAUGGAUAAUGCGAGUGCUUGA